CCGCUACAGAAUCCAGAACAAUGAAAUCCCUUGCUGCUCAGCUCGCCGAAUUUAACAACCCCGCGCCAAUAGAUUAUGAUCCAGAUGAAAUCGGCGAAACAUUUCAUGAUAAUGGGUUUCUGGAUCAAACUGAUGACUAUGAUAAUGCUCGUGAUGAAUAUGGUGGAAAUAAAAGUAAAGCAGUAAAUCGUGUUAAUGUUAAUUUGGAUGAAGGGAGAGAGCAUUAUGUAGAUGUUGGCAAAAGCUCGCUUCGUCAGAACUUGCAAUUUUUAUUAGACGAUCCAAAGUACGUGGGCAAGAAGAUUAGUAGAAAGGAUCUUUUUAGCGAUAUUCCAGGGAUAGAUGAAUACAUGGAUGUAGACGAACAAGAUGAAGAAGAUAUUGAUAAUAAUAAAAAAAAAAAUCUUACUUCAGAUAUUCAAUCUAAUUCCUUGGAUAAUGAGAAAGAAGUAGAAGAGAAAGAUCAUGAAGAUUCGGAAGAAGAUCUUUCUGAUAAUGUGUCUGAGCAAAGUUAUGAGAGUCGGGAUCGAUCUAACAAUAAACAAAUGAAAAAUGUAAAGUUUGAUACGGAAAAAUAUGAUACGGGUAGAGUUUCAUCUGAAAGCGAGGUUGAAGAAGAUGGUGAUGAAAUAGCAUCGUCUGAUUCCGGGAUCGAUGAGGAUGGAGAUUCACAAAACGAGGAUGAGACGCAAACCUUUUCAUAUGACGCUGACGAAUCUAUACAAAAAGAAUUGAAGAAAAUUGAAAACGAAGAAAGGAACCUAUUAGAAAAAAUAUCACAAAGUGCCAAAGCGGACGUUACGAAAGGGCAGCAUGUUAAAACCCAAAUUGGACUUUGGGAUAGUUUAUUAGAUAUACGAAUAAGAUUGCAGAAAUCUGUGACCAUAUCGAAUUCUUUACCACAGCAUAAUACGUAUCCCUCAUUCAUUGCGUCGCCUAAAGUACAAUCGGCUAUCAAAGAAACCAAAAGUGAGUUAAGCGAAUUGAUCGAUUCGCUCAUAAAAUUGAACAAGGAUCUCUGUUGCGAUAACGAAAGCAUUAAAUUCUCAAAGGAUACAACAAACAGUCGAAAACGUCGUCUAGAAAACGGUGACGAGGAUACUGAUAAUUACACAGAUUGCUUAUGGACUGACAUAAAAACAAUACACGAAAACUUCAAACCUUUUCGCACGGAAACCAUCGAAAAAUGGAACAAUAAAGUACAAAUCGCCGCCGGGAUCCCAUUAAAUAAGAAAUUUAAGGCGAUCAAUCAGAGCGUUAAUAAUCAAAUCGAGCAGGUGCUUCAUGACCAUGAGAGACUUGUGAAGCGAACGCAGUUGAUGAGAGGUGAUUAUAAAAUUCUCGGAAAGCAACAGCAGACAGAUCCAUCAAAAUCAGCGCCAUCAUCAUCCUCUGAUGCAAUCAUGAGUAGAGGCGGGCAAGACGAUCAUUUGACGAAUUACGAUCCUGAAAUUUUCGAUGACACUGAUUUUUAUCAGCAAUUGUUACGGGAGCUUAUUGAAAAUAGGAUGAUUGAUACUGAUGAUCCCAUCGCAAUAGGAAUGCGAUGGGCAGCAUUAAAACAAACGAGACAAAAGAAAAAACAAGUGGAUACUAAAGCUAGUAAAGGACGUCGAUUACGAUAUCAUGUUCAUGAAAAACUCCAAAAUUUCAUGGUCCCAAUUCCAACUGGGACUUGGCACGAGGACAUGAUUGAUGAGUUAUAUGCGUCGUUACUAGGCAAAAAGUAUAAUAACAAUGAUAAUAGUUAUGCUUUAUCUAAUCCUGAAAGAGAGACAAUUAAAUUAAACACAUUUAAGAAAAAAUCUUGA